AUGUCAGAACAAGACAAAGCUCCUGUAUUAAAAGCCUCCGAUCUAGCAGAGGACAUACAGGUUAAAGUGUUUGAGUUAGCUGACCAGGCGGUCAAAAAUUAUACUGUUGAAAAGGAUAUUGCUGCAUUUUUGAAAAAAGAGCUAGAUCAGACGUAUGGCGCAACAUGGCAUGUCAUAGUGGGGAAGAGUUUUGGAAGUUACGUUACUCAUGAGCAAGGUUACUUUAUCUACUUCUAUAUCGGAGAAUUGGCGUUUUUGGUUUUCAAAAGUGGAUGA